AUGGCAGUAACUCACGUGAAACCGUCCCCAGUCACGGGGAAAGGGCGAUUUGCAGCGGGUUAUACAUCCCGGCCAACAGCUGUGUUGGAUAAGGGGAUACGAUCUAAGUCUUUCAAUCUGACUUCGAGUGAGUCGAGGCAGUCCGCGCUUGCGGUUAGGACAACGCAUCAAGAGAAGACGUAUGAAAUGUUUCUUAGCUACGAGCGAGACAUAGACAGAUACUCCUGCUACAUUUCUCGGGCUCACGUCCUACUUUUCCUUGCUCUUGCCACUUUCUCUAUUGUUAUCUGCAACCUGCAAAUGAGCCUACUGACGACGAAGACUCAAGUUGUAGCAUCUGAGGAGGACAUUUACACUGAACUAGUCGGAAUGAAGAACAUGUCAUCCACGCUUCGGAGAAUAAGGGCGCUGUCGAACCUCUUCGGAACCACGUACCAACGUGUCAAAGUUCAGACCAAUCCACUAACCUCGUCAUACUUGGAGAAAACCGUAUACCUGCAGCUCUACCAGGUAGCCAUGCAGCUCAUCAUCGGGUUCGAGGACGUCCGAACUUUUGACAAUUCCAUACGUUCCGCGACAAACUGUUUGAAUCAAGUCUCAGUUUCAACGGCAGGGACUCUUGGAAGUGGCACAGUCUGUCCCCUGGAAACUGCGAUCCGGCGGCUUCAGGAGAUCAAUCCCCAACUAGCGGGUCAAUUGCGCGAGGCAGUUGUUACUAUGAAGGUGCCUCUGUCCCUCGUGCUUGAGCAAAAGAUUCUGGACUACUAUCCCAGCGAAUGGCCAGACGUUUAUGAUCCAUAUAAAUUCACCCUUCUCUUGAUGAGUCAGGGGCGUUUCCGAGAGGUGUUUGAGCGUGCGGAUAUGUACUUUGAGGAGCUAGAACAAAUUGUAGAUGCUCUUCGGACUAUAAAAAUAUGGCCUCGACUCUUCCUACCCCCGGGAUUGUUGGUCAGCCUCUUAAGCUGCGCCUUACUCCUCUUCAUCAUCUUCGUUCACCACUAUUCAGCACAGAUAGCGGACGCAUUUCGAAUCUGCCAAGAUGCCGUCGCCAUGUCCGACGACGAGGUUCAGUCGAAAGUUGGUGACCUAUCCAACGUUAUGACAGCAACGCUGGAAUACAAGAUUCUCCCACUGCUUCACCCCCUAUCCGGCAUCGCCUCUCUUCUUCUGUCGUGCAAUAGACUUACUGUUUACCACCUGAAGUUGCUGAAGGUGCUCGAAAAAUCGACUGCUGAUAUCAUAGCAGCCUCCAUCAAUGUUCUCGACUACAUUUCUGUCGAAGCUGACAGCGUUCAAACAAAUACGGAUUUGGCCAAUCUUCGGUCCCUCGUGGAAGACUGCUUGGAGUCCUUUCGUCCAAAAGCGACGACAAAGCAGCUGCCGCUGAGUUGCACAUUCGGCGCAGGAUGCCCAUCAUCUGUUAUGCUUGAUGCUGAGAAAUUGCGUCGAGUGCUCAAUCGGACUCUCGCCUACGUCUUCGACCAUACCUUUGAUAAGGGUCUGGGAAUCGAGGUGUACAUAAACGCCAAUGCAAUCCGAGCAACCAGGGAUCAGGAAAAUUCCGAUCUCUUUCGUCCCUACGAUAUACAUGUCGAGGUGAAAGGCUUGGGCGUCUGCAUGGAGAAUCACAAGGCACAGAUGAUGGUGGACACGAAAGGUCUGCUGGACAGGAGUGGCCAAGGUCUGCGCCUGCUCGUCUCCAGCAAAGUCGUCCAGUCUCUCGGAGGCAGCAUGAAGAUCCAGUCUUCACCGCUGAAAGGGACGUUCUUCUCCUUCGCUAUCCGGGCCAAGGCAAGGACUCGCCUCCUUGACCUACAUAAAGACUUCAAUAUCAUUGCCGGGCGACGGGUGCGGAUCGCCACCCUUGGCCUCUCCCAAGAAACCCGAAGAGUCUUUUUCUUCCUUUGUAAAGACAUUGGAGUUGAUUGCAUUCACUGCUAUGGCUUCCAGCAGCUUCUGAACGCAGUUGCUGAGGAAGCAGCUACGCCACUGGUGGCCGUCUUUUUAGGAGAUUUCCUUCACUUAUCUGCAAACCCAGCAGACCCAAACUCGCGGCCUCUCUGUCCUUCCGAACUGUUCGAAAGAGUCCAGGCAGCAUCGUCGAGUCUGAAUGAAGGAAACACCAAGGUCUUCCUUGCUUCUCUGGACUCGGACACGUCUGCUUGCUCCACGAGAGGAACAAUCUUGCAAUUCCUUCCUCACGAGAAUUUCUUUAGGCUCCGUCUUCCCGUCCACUCGAGCGUCCUCAUUGAACUCAUUAUCCGGGGCUGCCGAGGAAUCUCGAUGAAAGGUGCUGAGAGCCUAUAUACGCAAAGUUCCGUCUCCGCACCGGCAGACCGCAGGGACGAUUGUAACGCCGAAAACGACGAACGCGUCUCAGCUGUCGAGGAAGAAAGCGAGGCGGACACGGAGAACGAGGCCGGGCUCCUGCAGAUAUCAAACCCUGAUGUGUCCAAACUCUUCCCGCAACGCGACGUCAUUCCAGAAUGUCUCUACCCCGACGUUAAUCGUGUCAUCAACGCUAUCGACGCUUUCGGAGAGUCCACAAUCGGCGAUAUCUCUGCCGCGUUAGCUGAGGAUGCUGCGCCUGAAGGACUAAUCAGGUCGCGACGCUUCGUUGACGAGUACGACGUCUCCCUGGCUCUCGCUCGGUAUUACCAAGCGCUGCCCGAGACAGAUCCGACAGAAGAGCCUCCGCCACCCGCGGCUUUCGUGAGGCGCGUCGAUGGUUUUGAAGAGCGAAGCGAGGCAGACGCGGGUGACGGUGGACAACGCCCUCCAAGAAAACGUCCGUCAGCACACAGGAGUUCAGUUCGCAUCUUUCAGUUUCUCACCCCUCCGGCACCAGGGCACAGACUGAACACGAUUCAGCUACUAUGA